AUGGCGGCGCCCUCGACCCCUCUCGGUGCCCCCGCAGCAGCUGCCCGCGGCCCCGCUGCGCCUGCGCGGGCGCAAGGCGGGGCCGGGCGGGCGGCGGCGCGGCCAUGGCCGAGGCGGGGCCGGGGCGGCCCCUCGGGGGUGGCGGCAGCCUGCAGCGGGGCGUCGGGGCCGGCGGGCGAGCGGCAGCUGGAGGAGGGGGAGAUGCGGAUCGGCGACGAGAGUGCCGCCGUGUCGCUGAGCCGGGUGCUGGCGGCCACGGGCGCCGUGUCGGCGCAGGUGGAGGCGGUGGCGGCGCGCUGCUCGGAGAACGCCCGCUGCCUCCGCACCUGGCGGGGCCUGCUCAGGGACGGGCGCGGCUCGCUCGGGCCCAGCGGCUGAGCCCCGAACGGCGGCACCCGCGGGGACGCGCCGCUGGACAGCCCUCUUCGCGUGUGUUCAAUUUCAAGAACUGUCGCCGGCAGGAAGCCUGCCGGCUCCACAGAGCUUGUGGAGAUAACCUCGGUCUUCCUCGCUACACGUCGAGGACGGGAUAAUACAGCAAGUCGCGGCUUAUUUACAAGCUUCGGAUAACCAUCCUCAUCCCAAGCCUUGCUAUUUUAAGCAAUACUGCAAUAUAGUCCUAUAAAACUGCAUUUUUUUUCAGUAAGUUUUAUUACUGCAAACAAUUUUUACAUUAUUUUUGUUGUAAUGCAUGUAAAGUGCCUUAUGAUGGACCAUUGAUUAGAGAAGUUGAGAUAAAGGAGGAAUAAAAUGCAAACAGACCAUUAUGUAUAGGACAGGAAACAGAUGUAUAGAGAAUAUAUUUCAAACAGGACAUUGGAGGACACUAUAUCUCAAACUGGACAUUGGAACACAAGAUAAAGAAAUAAUUAGCAAAAACCAGUCCUUGCGGUUAGGAAGAAAGCAAACUCAGCAGAAUCCUGACCAAGGGUGAAAAGUACACUGUGAGGAAGACUUAUGGCCUUCCUCUCUGAGACCACCACCCACAGCCCGACGACCACUGCCCAGAAUUGAUGAGAGGAUGUGCGCAGACGCAGGACACAAAAAACUAAUUAGCAUGACAAGCGAGAGUAGGCGGGGUUAGAUAAUGAAUAUGUAUGGACAUUAAUAAAAUAUUCAUCACUCUGCUGUAUAAAUUUGGGAUGGCUUUUCACUUCAGGUGUGCACGAUAGGUGGAGAGAUCCCCCGUGCAUCCAGCGCUGCAAUAAAGAAUAUACCACUUAAAGAAAUUGGACUAUCGAUCUUUGAAUCACCAUAUAUCCCUCCUUGGUAGAAAUUUAGCAGCAGUGUUUACCUAGAGGAUGGAUUGCUGUGAACGACAAGUAAAAGCUUCCAUCAGUUACAAAAGAACCUGUGAAAUACAUUCUCCCAUCUUCAAGGAAGCACAUAAGAACCUUUCCUGUAUUUGGUCCUACUUUAUAUCUUGCCUGAAGCAGUUACUAGUUAGUUAGUCCAGGGCUUACUGUUACCACAACCCUUUGGUCUGAAAGAUCACUGCUGUGAAAUAAAUAC